AGUGGAUGUGUUUGCCCGUUCGUGUGUUUGGCACCGUGGCAGAACCAGGGAAAGAAAAUAUCGUAUUUUGCAGAUCCAUACAUGUAUGCAUGAGAUCGACCGUCGAGGUUAACAUGGUGUACAUAUUCAUUGUGUGCUUGUUAUCGAGCGUGGCAUGCAUUGCGCCUGCCACGCCACCGCCACCUCAGACAACCGUACCAGAUGCAGUUGUACACAAUGAGACCCAGCGGCAGACCAGGAAAUCUGCUCGCAGCUUCCAGGCAUCGCUGCCCACUUCCACGUCAACAUACUCGUACGAAGCAGCAGCAAAAAAGAAACAGAGUUACUCACCUCCAGAUCAGCAUCUCGGUAGCAGUCUCUAUAGUGGUAACCACGCCUUUGUGUACAACACGUUCACUGACAAAGGGAAAUAUUCAAUGUACUCUCCCCCGGCACAUGCAACGACAGAUAUCGCCAACAAACAAGGAAAACUAAGCUCCAAGUACUCUUCUGUGACAGGUAGCUUGCCCUCAGCAGCGAAGAUAGACAGACGCCAGGAGGAUCGUGAAGGCAUGAUGCAGGAUUACUUCACGCAAAACAGCGGCAGCCUUGCGCCCAAUUCCAGGCAUGGGUAUGGGCAUUAUGACGACCACGGGGACUACGGUGGUCUCGGCGAUGAUGAUGACUAUGAUGGUGGGAAUCACUAUUCACCGGAAUUCUACUCUCAUCACCAUCACCAUGGACAUCAUCACCAUCAUCCUAUCCACCAUUACCCCCCGCCUGCAAUAUACUAUCCCGCCCAUCACGAGAAGCACGAAUACUCCAAGUUGGGCAUACUGGCCGUUGUGAAGAUUGUUUUAGCAAAGCUGAAGGCGCUGGGGCUAGUCAAAGUUAUGCUUAUACUGCUUGCAAAAAUACCUCUGAUCUUUCUUAAAAUAGCUCUAAAAUUCUUCUUCCUUUUCAAAGCUGUAAAAUUAUUUAAACUUUUGACAUUUUCGGCGCUGUUUCCGUUAAUUCUGAUACCCUUAAUUCCUCUUCUGUUAUUGCCUUUAUUGCUUCUUCCUUUGGCACCACUGUUGCUCAUUCCUCUGUUGCUUCCGCUCCUUAUCCCCCUGAUCCUUCUGUUACCAGUCCCUGUGAUGAACGGAGGAACCACGACCGGCAAAACGGCGUCAUCAAGACGCAGAAGAGAUGCGAAUCCUGCAACCGGACGAGUGUGGAGGCAACUGGACGCAAGUCACGACUUUCUGGCUCUUACCCAGCGAGUGCUUGAAUCUCAGCAAUGCUUGGAGAGGCUGGCUUGCAAGAUGGCCGCCAAACACGAUUCUAGUACAUAUACCAAUGUCGUUUUAUGGUUACUUGAGAAGUUCCGUGCUCUGGCGCCAUCGAGGAUACGUGAUAGGCUGGGGUCAUACAUUGAAGCCUACAAGUGGGGUGCAAAGAGGCCUAAAUCAUGCCUCGAGAAGUUCACGUGUGACAAACCUAAGUUCAUGAUGGCACAGGCUGACACAUACUAUAAUUUGCUGUGACGUGGGAACCUGUGUUUCACACAAGAACUAGCAUACUCUGUGGUAAAGAUGUUCGGCCUAGUUGCUCAGUCUAAAUUAAAAUUGGGUCAGAAGUGCAGAACCAAAAAUGACAGCUUGUGGUCACAUCUGCUACAAGCUCUGUGCUGUACUUGCAGUGGCUGUUGAAGGCAUUUUGGUGCCAGUUAAAGGAACUGCAGGAGCUCAGGGAAAAGCCAAGUAAGACUAGUAUAAAGUAUUAUUCUGAUAUGAGAUUAUUGUAAGAUGACUUUGUGAUCAUGGUGACAAAUCCAACGGCCUUCAUAUAUCAUUUUCAGAUCUACCAAAGACAGUGACCCUGAUCAGCAGGACUCACAUCCUAAAAUUUAGUGGUUGCAGUAACUUAUUUUGUUUAAUACUCCUUUCAGUUCCUUUUUAUUUCACGAGAAAAAUUACAAGAGUGUUUAUGCAUAGAGACUUUGAUGUUCUAAUAAGUGUAGGCUCUAACCAAAUUCAGAAGAAAGGUGAGGUUUGGAAGGACUGUAACUCCCUUUCUACGG